AUGUGGGCAAAGCGUGUCCAUUUCUUGUUGGUCCUAUGGGCGUGGCUGUUCACACCAUGCAUCGGGGAUGCCACCAACCUAGUAAUCAUCAACCUCACACCAUAUGCCUUGAUCCAGUCCAAAAAACCUCACUCAUAUCAGAUGGAGUCUUGGGACAAUGCGUUCCCAGAAAGGGUCAAUUCGCAUGCACUUCGAAGUGCGCACAUCCAGCUGUCAGUGGGAGUGUUUUUGGAAGAAGCCGAUGACGCAGGAGAGGCAUAUUACCAAUUAGACGACGGUACCAACAAUCAGAUCCAGAUUGCACUGAAAGUUUCAGGCAGCAUUACUUCGUACAAUAUCCACCUCGAUGCGAAUUUCGACGGAAUCAGCACCCUCGGCAACCCGAAAUCGGCCCCAAUUGGCUUCCGAGACAAUGGCAAUGAAGAUCCACAAACUUGGACGCCGUUUAUUCUGGCUGGUGACAAGGACAAGGGAUAUAUAGGCAACAAUCCGCCUCAGGCGUGGAUGCAAAACAUUCUCCCAUAUGUUGGAUGUCGGACUUUGCAAAGAUUGACUCUCCCUGGGACGCACAACUCAGGCAUGUCUCGAGUACGAUACAGCACGGCCGGAUCAUGGGCAUCCAAUACAAUGACACAAGAAACCAACAUUCUGGAACAACUAAAGGCCGGGGCAAGGUACUUGGACAUCCGACCGGUAAUCUCACACGCGGGCUACUACACAGGUCACUACACCAAAACAGAUGAUUUUGGUUGGCAAGGAUCGGCAGGAGAAUCAAUUGAUGAAAUGAUCGACGAAGUCAAUGAAUUCACAAAGUCCAACGCCGAAUUAAUCAUCCUACACCUCAGUCAUUCAGCCAACACAGACACAGACUAUUCGCCAUUCGACCAAGGGGAAUGGGAAUCACUGCUGUACAAGCUGUACAGCAACUUAAACUACCUAUACAAAGCAGACAGCGACGCGGUAUUGACUCGAAUCACAUUAAAGACAUUCAUCUCAUCCGGCCCCGCCGUGGUGGUCGUUGUCGACGAAGUAUCCAAAUCAUUCCUCAGUGACAAGGGAUAUACGACACGAGGAUUCUUCGAUAAGACGGCAUUUCCACUACGAGGCACCAACGCCGACGACGACAGAUUGGACGUCAUUCGUCGCGACCAGUACAACAAACUACAGUCAUUCAAUCAGAACAGACAGGACGAUGAAAUCUUUCUUCUUUCUUGGACUAUCACCAUGUAUGGCGGCAAUAAUGUCAAUCCGCUGGAUCAUAUCACCACUCGUGCAAACAUCCUCAAUAAUCAUCUGGCUGAAAGCGGCAACAAUGUUCCCUAUAAGUCGCCGUUCUUGUGGGCGGAUUCGAGAGGUCAACCGAAUAUUAUCAUGGUGGAUAAUAACAAGAAGGAUAAACAUCUUGUUUCUUUGGCGGCGGGGUAUAAUGUUUAUUAUCAGCAGUGUUGA